AUUAAACCAGCAAUAAUUGAUUGCAUCAAAUCACACACGAGCACGACGGCAGCACCGUUUUCAAGCCAACCAACCGCCAUUUCGUUUUCUUUUUCCUCACGCUCAACGGUUACGUCAUCACCGCACGCGAGGAAGCAAAACAAAACGUCACGCACCGCAGCGGCGAAGCGAGUGAGCAGUUUAUUUUUGGGUCGCGUCCGCCAUACGCGUAUAUCGGGCGACGGGCCGCAAGUGCGUUUGGGGUGGCGAUAGUGCUACUUUCACUAAAAAGCAGUGAGCGUGUGUGAGUGUUCUGGCUGGCCCUUUUCGAAGCGCACCUUCCAAUCAAGCACGUGUACCGUUCGAAGGUAUCGAAGAAAAACAAUAGCAAACAAUCGUUAAACCGGUAGUUUGACCGUGAACACGCUACACGCAACCGACAUACACACGUACACGGUACGUGCGUGCGAAGCAGUGUGCGUGCGCGCGUUGUUCGCCUGCUUCGCCGUGUCGUGUAGGGGGUGAAGCGCGUGUUCACCGAAACCUCCCUUAGCGGAGGUCCUAGUCGAAAGAAGUUUCCCAUCACGAGCGCACCAUCGUCGCGGUCAUGUUUGCGGCAGUGUGGAACAGAACGUUUUGGUUUUUCGUUGCGGUACGCGUUGCGUCAGUAUUUCUCGUGGCGAGCUGGUUCGUUCCCGAUGAGUACUGGCAAAGCCUUGAGGUGGCCCAUCGUCUUGCUUUCGGCUAUGGCCACCUGACCUGGGAAUGGACGGCCGGCAUAAGAAGUUACGUGUAUCCGGCCGCCUUUGCCGGCCUGUACAAACUGUUGGCGCUCUGUGGAUUGGACACGGUGGAAGCGUUAACACUCGUACCCAGGCUUCUUCAGGCACUCGUUAGCGCGUACGCCGACUAUCGCUUCCACGCGUGGUGCAACCGUACCAAAUGGUCCGCGUUUCUGGUUGCGUCUUCCUGGUGCUGGUUCUACGUAGGAUCGCGCACGUUGGCCAACACGCUGGAAACGUCACUGACCAUGAUCGCGCUCAGCUACUUCCCCUGGGCGUCCGAAUGUACGAGCUUCCUGUGGCCGGUAGCAUUUUCGUUCUUCGUCCGACCGACCUCCGUCAUCCCGUGGGUACCGCUGUGCCUGUACCACAUCAAAAAGUCAACCCACCCUACCUGGGAGCUACUGCUCAAGCGCUAUCUGCUCAUCGGUGUACUGACGGGUGCGGUGUGCGUCGGCGUCGAUAGCUACUUCCACGGGUCAGUCGUCUUUACGUGCUACGAGUUCCUGAAGUAUAAUGUGCUGCAGGGCGUGGGAAGCUUCUACGGAGAGCAUCCAUGGUACUGGUAUCUGUAUGCCGGACUGCCGACCGUGCUCGGCAUCUGUGUGCUGCCGUUCGCGCUCGCUGCGUACGACACCGUGCGCCACUGGCAGGUGUACAAGGAGCGGGCCAUCCUGCUGCUGUCGGUGUGCUUCACCGUGCUGGUGUACUCGCUAUUGGCACACAAAGAGUUCCGCUUCCUGCUGCCAGUGUUACCGAUGUGUUUGUACAUUACGGCCGAUUAUCUUGCCCGCUGGAGCCGUAAAGCUUCGAGUAAAAUGCUUUGGCUGACUGCGUUACUCAUUGUGGCAGUGAACGGACUGAUGGCAGGCUACACGGCACUGGUGCACCAGCGGGGCACGCUGGACGUGAUGCCGUAUCUGGCCACCACCGCCAAAGACUACCGGGACGAGUUUAACAAUCCGGCCAAAAUUUUCUUCCUAAUGCCCUGCCACUCGACACCGUUCUACAGCCACGUACACCAGAACGUAACGCUGCGCUUUCUGCACUGCGAACCGAACCUAACCGACCAGCCCAACUAUCGCGACGAGGCGGACCAGUUCUACGCGAACCCGAUGAGCUGGAUACGCAAAAAUCUACCCGUCCACCCGAUCAGCGCUUUACCGACGCACGUGGUAGCGUUCGACGUGCUGGAACCGGAAAUUAAAGAUUUCCUAUCGAUUUACCAGGAGAAAGCAUCCUUCUUCCACACCGACUAUCCGGCCGGCCGUGUUGGCGGGAGCGUGAAGGUUUACGAGCGGUUCGAUCGGAAUGCUGCGGCUGCUGGUGGUGGCGGUGGUAGUAGCAGUAGUGGCGGCACUCCCACGACGACUAGUGCUCCACCUUCCGGGGAGGACGACUACGAUCCAGAGUACAAUGCGUAAAGUGUACCAGCCGCACGCACAAUCAGCAAUUGAACAAAACGUAGGGUUUCCUUUUCUUUUAAAUUACCUUAUCAAAAUUUUGUCAUCCACAUUCAUUUGCAGUGUUUCGUUAGAUAUCAAAAUUUUACUUUGAGUAGUUAUUUAAAGUGCUCUAGGGUAGGUGUGUAGGUGGUAUGGCAAAGUACAAAAUCCGUACUUUAAUUUUACUUUAAUUCCUCUGCAAUGUUUGCGACUUUGUGUAAUACUUAGCAUGUAAGGGAAGCCGUAGCUUCUUCGUCUACCUUCUGGUACGUUUGUUUGUUUGGUCUGCAUUUUUUGUUCCGGAAAUGAUUUCAUGAGCUUCUUGCCACCCCCCACGGCCCCCGCCGUAGCGUAGUGAAAGGGAGAGAUAGAGUGUUUACCUGUUUUUGACCACACUGCCACCGUCACGUUUUACGAGUGAACCAUCAUUUUACCUCCGAUCAGGCGGCAGCGGGUGAUGUGUUGCUGUCGCCACUAACGAUAACAUAUUUACUAAGGGAUUGUUGUGCAAAACUAAAUAAAGGUCCAUUUUCUAACUAAAGAAAAA